CAGCAAUAUGGAGCCAGGGGGACGCUACUGCGCAUGUGCGUGUCUGCACGGACGGAGAGAGAGGCAGACACAGAGUGUGUGUGAGAGAGAGAGGGUUUACAGCAGGGUAAAAUUGGCAAAGACAAAGGACUGGACAGUGUUUAGGCAAACGGGAGAGGGUAGGUUGAGUUUUUAGACCGGUUUAUGACAGCCCAGCUGUGCCAGCACCGACAGGAAGAGGCCAGGUGUUUUUGUCUCCCUUUUUUUUCCGGCUCCGUAUCAAAAAUCCCUGUUCCAGUGGAGGGGGGGGGGACGCUUCAUGGUCAGCAGCCUGGUGAUGGAAAGAACUGCAAAGCUAUAGGCUCGGUGACUGGAUGGAAAGAGCUGUCAGCACGCUCGCAGGAGAUGGAGGAAGUGGAAAAGCACAGACAGCAGCAACAGUUUGAUUGACGACACCACUGUGGUGUUGUUGGAGCGGCGAUCUUUCAUUUGGGGAGCAUCUGGAGGAUCUUUCUUUCUUUGCGUUUUUUUUUCUUUCUGCCGGCAUUCCCAUCUCGAGCUCCAGUUUCCCGCUGACCUUUGUUCACAUCUCGCCUUCAGAGCGAGCAGGUGUUGCCGUGUUUAACAGCCACAGGUCUCAUUUACCUCGCGGAUUCCCUCCCCUUCCCCUCAACCAUACACAAAGACACACGAGCUCCUCUCUUCCUAGGCGGCUGAGAGGUUGCUAUGGCAACGGUUGUCAUGAUGCUGAUGUAGCGUCCUGAAGGUAGUAGUUGUGGAGCCGGAGGAGGUGGUGCCGGAGCCGGCGGAGGUGGUGGUGGUGGUGGUGGUGGUGGUGGUGGUGAACGUCCAAGGAUGGGAAGCGCUCCGUAUCCAGCCGGUGAGUGGAAGGGGAAGGGGCGAGGCGGCCUGCAGGAGCUGGGCUGCAUGCGCUGGAACUUCAGCAAGCAGAAAGGAGGAGGUGGAGGGGAGGUGGUGGUGGUGGGAGCAGAGCAGAGAAGGUGCAGGGAUCCCACGGAUUCUCAGCAGCAACAGCAGGAUCUCUCAUCCUCCUCUUCCUCCCUCACCCCCCCACUGCCUCCUCAACCCUCUCUGACACCUCCGGCCAUUUAUCACGAGAAGCAGCGGAGGGAGCUCUGCGCCCUGCACGCGCUCAAUAACGUCUUCCAGGACGGGACGGCCUUCAGCAGGGACACCUUGCAGGAGAUCUACCAGAGGCUUUCUCCCAGCACUCUGGUGACACCUCACAAGAAGAGCAUGCUGGGGAAUGGGAACUAUGAUGUAAAUGUCAUUAUGGCAGCCCUGCAGACCCGUGGGUUUGAGGCAGUGUGGUGGGAUAAAAGAAGGGAUGUAGGCAGCAUCGAGCUGUCCAACGUGACGGGCUUCAUUCUGAAUGUGCCAUCCAACCUGCGCUGGGGGCCUCUCCGGCUGCCGCUCAAACGCCAGCACUGGAUAGGAGUCAGAGAGGUGGGAGGGGUCUACUACAACUUGGACUCCAAGCUGCGUAGCCCUCAACCCAUCGGCAACCCGGAUGAGCUCAGGAAGUUUCUCCGCCAGCAGCUGCGAGGGAAGAACUGUGAACUCCUAUUGGUCGUCUCGGAGGAAGUGGAGGCACACCAAACAUGGCGAUCUGAUGGCUAAGUGGUUUAACCAGCCGAUCACAGCUCCACCUGGGCCAUCAGGCCAAUCACAGAAUGAACGGGAGAGGAAGUAGAGUCGUGCACAGCCAAUCACAUGGAUGCACACUUGCAGAUGUAUUUUCUUUCCCUUUUUUGGGUUUUGUUUACACACCCAUUGCUGGACUCUUCCGGUAAGAUGCAAAGCAAUGAAGGAGGCAAACACUUUACAGGGAGAAUCAAAGAAUCACAGUCCUUUACUCACAACACAGUUAAGACUUACAACAAAGUUACUAUUCAGUUUCUGCUAUUCUUGUGCUUUUAUAUAUAUAUUGACUAUUUUUCAAUGUCAGUUUUGAUCUGUUUAACUUUUUUUUUUUUCUUUGUACUGUUGAAGUUUCCAAAGUCAUGGGAGAUCAGGCUUUAUGAAAAAUGCUGUUUAUCUGCCUGUCUCCUUCAGUGAUCCUCCCUGCUUCAGUCAUGAUGUUCACUGAUGUGUCUUUGUCCCCCCCCACCCCCAUAUGUUGUGAAUCUCUCUUCUGUCCUUAUCCUCCGUCCUUCACUUUCACCGGAGCGUGCCCUUUCCUUGUCUCAGCGUGACUCCAUCUCCUCACUCCUCCUUCUCUUAUCACAUGUCAAAAUCAGUGACUUAUCACGUUGCCAAAUUUGUAUUUCAUCCACUUCCCAAACACUUCUGGCACAGUCUGAGCCUAUACUGUACAGAGGCUGUGCUGACACAACAGUUUUAUAUGCAACAAAUCAAUGCAACACCCAGGCCAAGCACUCCCUCUAGUGGAUGUUUGCCUCAGUUUCCUUUCAAGGAAGACGUAACAGCAUCAUUCAUCCAUGUUUUUUUUUCACAUUCAGAUUUAAAGCAGAGUGCUUGUCAUUGAGGAAACAAUGCAAUAGUACAGAUUAUCAUCUUUCAGUAGAAUUAUACUGUAUCAUGAUGUAAUAUUUAUCAAAUUAGGGUGAGAAGAAAACCUGUUGUCCAAAUUAUUGAUCAAAUCAAAAGCUACCAAAGUCCAAAAAUAUAUCUGUAUACCAUGUGCAGUUAUAGCAUGGCAGUUUUUGACUUAGUAAAAAGCAGUCAACAAAAACGAAUCAACUCAAGAUCCAAUUACAAUCUUGUUCUGGAGCUUUCAACCACGUCUCAUGGUCCUUGUUCAAACUUUACAGUGGAAGAUAGACAGAAAAUUCAUUGGCAAAUUUUGAUCAUUUAAGUAAUUUUCACAAACAAAAAUGGAAUUUAUGACAGUAAACUGAAUAUUCUCUGGGUUUUUGACUAUUAGUUGGACCAAAUCAAACUAAUUUAAAUAAGUGAAUUUGGACUCUAAGAAAAUGUAAUGGACAUGUAACUGACUGAAUGAUUAAUUAAUAAUAAAAAUAACACUUAGUUGCAGCUCCACUUUCCAGCAUGAGGUUCUAUGGCAACUGAGUAAAUUUAGUCUGGUGAUGACGAUGAUGCGUGAUUCAGUUUAGCUCCAGGCCAAGCGAGUAAGUGAUAAUAAAGUCAAUGAUAAUCUGAAUAGUUAGUUAUUGUUAGAAAUCAUCAUAUCGAUAUGAGCAAAUAUAUUUUUAUUUGUCUAUAUCACCCACUCUUGCUUAAAAAAAAGUCACAAUAAUUCCUUGCACAGUGGUAAAAUGACACCAGACAGAUAUAAUAAGGGACAAUACUUUUAAUCAUUGUUUAAUUUUAUCUUCUCUUUGGCUCCACUUUCGGCCAAAGGGCAGUCCUCUGUAGCACAGGAGCUCAGUUGAUGCAUGGCUCCUCUUUCCUCCUCUUCUUCUUAAACAUCUCUUGUCAAAUCUGCCAAACACAGCUCUGCGAGGAUGUCAUAGAUUGUCCCACCAAGUCAUAAACAGCCAGCGAAGGUUUCUGAUGUGUCAGUUGGAGGAGGGGUUUUUUUGUGGGUGGUCGCACAAAAGGGAAGUUGUCAGAUGGAGCACAGUGUGCCUGAAUAGAGAAUAAUGUAGAAAAAGAGAAGUAAAGUUGACGGACCGGCUAGUGAGCACAUGUCUGACCAGGCAUGUUGUGGUUGAUUAUUGUGAAAUGAGCCUUAUUAGAGAGUUUGUAGCUAUCAGCUAAAGAGAAACUGUUAAUACUAUACAUGUAUUGUCUGUUAACGACAAUAUCGGCCUUAACUUGUUUACAUAAGAAAAUAUUUGUUGCUCUGAAAGAUUAAGAGGGGCUGUGCAGUUUGACACCGUGUCAGGAGAUUUAUUCCAAAGCACCAAUUUAUCAUGAAGCCAAGGGCUUGUGUUAUGUUAUUGAUUUAAAUGGUAUGGUUUUUAUAAAGACAAGAUCACGUUUUUCAAUGGUGCAUGUCUUAUUUUUGGAAUGAAACGCUCUUAUUCCAGCCCAGUCUGUAGACCUUUAACGUCAUAUCCAAGUGGACCUGCGUCGAAUCGUCACAGAGCUCAUCAUUAUUUUGCUGGACCCAAUCACAUCAUGACUAGUGUCUCACGAUUGCAUUGAACGUUUUUUUUUUUUUUUUUUUUUUUUUUUUUGCCAUGACAAUCUUUCAGCCCUGUCUAUUUAAGGAAUACUGAUUGUCACUGUAUUUUGUUUUUUUUUUAUUUUUUGCAUAGAAAUAAAAUGCUUAUAAUGGCACUUUAUGUAAAA